AUGGCAUCCAGGAAGAAGGUCUUAUUGAAAGUCAUCAUUUUAGGAGAUAGUGGUGUAGGGAAGACAUCUCUAAUGAACCAGUAUGUAGCUAAGAAAUUCAGUAAUCAGUAUAAGGCAACUAUAGGUGCAGACUUUCUCACCAAGGAGGUGAUGGUUGAUGACAGACUGGUCACAAUGCAGAUCUGGGACACUGCAGGUCAAGAGCGGUUUCAGUCGCUGGGUGUAGCAUUCUACCGUGGUGCUGAUGGCUGUGUUCUGGUGUUUGAUGUCACCAUGCCAAAUACUUUCCGUUCUUUGGACAGCUGGCGAGAUGAGUUUCUCAUUCAGGCAUCACCCAGGGAUCCAGAAAACUUCCCGUUCGUUGUUAUUGGAAACAAAAUUGAUUUGGAAAACAGAGCGGUCUCUGCACGUCGAGCUCAGGGAUGGUGCCACAGCAAAGGGGACAUUCCCUAUUUCGAAACCUCGGCCAAGGAAGCCAUUAACGUGGAGCAAGCUUUCCAGGCAGUAGCCAAAAAUGCAAUGGCACAAGAGACAGAUGUUGAAUUGUGCAGCGAUUUCCCCGACCCCAUCAAACUUAGAGAUGAUCAAACAAAACCGGCAGAUGGAUGCGCAUGUUAA